AUGGUCGGGUCUGGUCCCUCUCUUUCUCGCAGCUGGACGCCUAUUACGCUGCAAGAUUUUAUGGAGGAAGAACAAGGAGUUACACUCUCACUCGAGCAAAGCCUUGGUCUUUUGGAUCAGGCCGAGCCGGACAGCACUCGUGCCGCCCGCGGCGAGCUCAGCUUUCUUGGGUUUGUGCGGAUCAUGCGCCGUCCCGAGUUCUCCUCGAUCAUCGAUCGAUCCCAUCAAGUGGUCAGUCAAGAUAUGACACAGCCCUGGCACCACUACUGGAUUAGCUCCAGCCACAAUACCUACGUUGUGAAUCAGCAGCUUGACUGCUGGGACGGCGAAGAUGGCGAGCCUGAAGUUACGCACGCUUUUACCACGCCUUUGGGCGUACACACCUUGACAACGCGUGUCAAAUUCAAGCACGUGGUUGAAGCUAUCCGCGACAGUGCCUUCAAGCGUUCCGAAUAUCCCGUAAUUCUGUCCCUCGAAGAUCACUGCUCAUUGCCUCAGCAAGCCAAAAUCGCUCAAUACUUUAAAGACAUCCUGGGAGAUCUCUUACUUGACCGAUUUCUCGACCUUGACAGCCCGUCUACAGUGCCGUCUCCUGAGCAACUCAAGCGCAAAAUUCUUCUCAAGCACAAAAAACUGGGUCUCUCGCAGGCCGAAAAGGAGACGCUAGUACAGCUACAUGAUCUGCCUACUCCUGAUGUCUUGCUCGACGAUCCCCUCAAGGAUGAUGACGAGGAAGCUGAGCGCAUUCGUAAUGCCACGCGCGAGGAAAUUUCGGACAUGUUCUUGCGCGAUGUUGAACAAGAUGUGGCCGAUGUGCGCAUGUUUGGGCAUGUAGAGCGAGUGGAAAUGGAAGUUCGCACGUCACCUCGUGGCUUCUCACGCCGCGUGUCGCACAUGCUGGGCCAUUGGUCUGGCCGUCUCGGCAGUGCAACAUUCUUAACCGAACCAAAGAUCGCUGGCGAUGACGGUGUUGCGCAUGUGAAUCACCUUGUCACACCUGUGGAUCACGAAGUGGAUCGCAGCUUGCAGCCCGGGUUUUACGAGAGUGUAGAAGACGGCUGGUCGACGGACGAAGAAGCAGCGGAACCUGGACCUUCAAACGCGUCAGCAACAAACCGCUUCAAGCGCCAUCAGAAUGCACCCGGCGAUGCCUCUUCACCAAUCAUGCUACCCAACGACACUCAACCAUCGGACAACCUGGCAUCCUUGCGUCGCGCCAGUGCCCCCGGCCCAGCUUUGCCCUCACGACUUGGUGUAGCGCGGGCAAGUCACUCGAGUGGAGAAAACAUUGUGCAUUUUCCCGCAUCAAACAAUAUUCGGCGGUCGCGCCGCGGGAGCAGUAGCCGCGGCACUGCUCGGCGUUUGUCACAAACCUUGGCGCGCCGAAGUUACCGCUUGGCCAUGCACCGCCAAGCUUCGACGACUCAAACUCAACGACAAUCGCUACUGCACACGGGCUUGCCCUUACCCCCCAUGGAAAGCACAGAAUCUGUUCCGGCUCAAGGCGUGGCAUCAGCCUUGGGGUUGCAGAAGGGCGGUGGCUCUCGUCGGCCAAUCUUGGGUGAGCUGGGUGCCGAGAGGACCUCGUAUGAUGAGGCAAUGUCCGAUAAGGCAUCUCCGUCUUCGCUUAAUCCAAGCGACGCAGCCUCACCAACUCGAUCUCGAUGCAUGAGCUUUCAGCUCAGCGAGGCUGAGGCAGACGGUGGCUACAUCCAGAUUGGUUCGGAUGCUUCUGACUCGCCUUGGGCUACGGAUGAUGAAGUGCCACCAUCAGCCAUUUCUGCGACCUUUCGUGACAUUCGAGCACAAAAUGGAGCCGGUGCAGUCGCGCGGCGGCGGACGUUGGGCUCGACAAAGCGAAUGAGGGCCAUUCAGGCAGCCAAUGCGGCUGGGGCUGUCCACAAUCGGCCAGCACGCGACGCAUUUGACGCCCAGCACCACCAGGGCCAACGACGCUCACGCCUUGGCAGUGGUCUAGCACGCCAUGAGCGGCAGGGCAGCAGCAAUGAAGAGAGCACGCGCGGUCACUUGUCGUCCCACACCAGCUAUUCUGGUUCACACGAUGCUCCGCCUGCCUGUGCCGAAGCCUGGAUGUCGGCCUCUGCGUCGGCCACUGAUCAGCCGGCACAAGCCAGCACACGCUCUCACCGUUCGGGUGCCAGUGACAGCGGCUCAAUGGGGCGUGGUCCCCGACACCGCCGAUCGGUCCAGUCUGAUGAGCCGCAGCGCAGUCGAACGGGCUCUUUCUCGCUGAUGAUGUCACGCAUCUUCAAGAGGGUCAGGUCUCAGACCCCCUCUCAAGCGACGUUGAACCUUGACCUGCGCAAUCAUUUCUUGACGGAUGGCAUUGCCGCCAAGCAUGCGCACUGCUACCAAACUGUAGAGGAGCUGGCCAGGUUUGGGCACAAGCAGCCCAAUGUACACCCCAGCCUCUCCAAUCUCAUCAUCUAUACGCGAGCUGUCAAGUUUUCCGUCUUCGCCACUCGGCGCCGACGCCUGUCGCAAUCGCGUCGGCGUCGUCCUCGCCUCGAACAAGACGUGGUUGUCGCCCCAGAUGCGCACGCAAACGUGGAAGUUGCCCUGUAUCCUCACGAAAUGUGUAGUUUUGAAGAGAGUCAGGCCUUUCGCUUGACGGUACUACGCUUCAAUAAGCUUUUGGAACAUCAUCUCUGGAAAUGUUCUCGCGUGUAUCCAGCCGGCCGUCGCAUCGACUCGAGCAAUUUCAACCCACUCAUUCCAUGGAGUGCGGGAUGCCAAAUGCUGGCCAUGAACUGGCAGCAUCGAGAUGUUUUCCAGCGCCUUUACCACAACUUUUUCAGCCGCCUUAACGGGGGCUGUGGCUUUGUGCUUAAACCCAUCUGGAUGAGAGACCCUCAGACCCUGGAUCGCCAGCUCAACAGCGAGGUCAGCCAGUCGCGGCAGAUUGGCUUGACCGUCAUGUCGGCUUUAAAUCUGCCCAUGGUGGACGCUGGCUACUCUGUGGAGGUGCAACUCUUCUCAGCUAGCCAAUCCCAGGCCACUGGCAGUUUCUCUACCCUUAAAGUUUAUGGGCAGGCUCCAAAUGCAGAUGAAGCCGUUUCACCGGUGUGGAUGCAAAGUACCGAGUUCACGGUCGAUCGGCCCGCGGUGGCCAUGCUUUGCUUUCGUGUUGUGUGCACUCGUGAGGUUGUGGAUGAGAUGGGCAACAAAACCCUCGAGGAUGUCUCUUACGAGACAUGUUUUCCUGUCGCUGAGCUCUUGCAAGGCUAUCGCACCAUCAGCUUUGACCCCAUCUUGGAUCGCUUGACUGGUGACGAGACCACCAUGCGCUCCCGCACGGGCUCUCGUCGGCGUACCUCGCGCCCAGCCACAGCUGGUACCUCACCAGCUCAGCGCCCACGCCGCAUAAGCAACGACUACGGCGGCUUUGCGCCAGACGGUGAAGUAGGCUCUGUGGGUGCUGGGUUGGAUGACCAACGUGUUCGCCUUGGUACCGACACUCUUCCAUGCUCAAACGACCACGAGGGCGAGGAUGCCACGGACGAUGACGAGGAUGAGGGACCAUGGAUGGCAAGCGAUGGUCUCGAUGGUGCCGGGCAGUCAGCCCACGUAUCCAGCAACCCGUGCACAGGUGUGCCUGGUCCGAAUGGGCUACCAUUCCAGCUCAAUUUGCACAUCAACAUUGAAGAGGGCAUCACGGACAAGGCAGCAAAGCUCUUUGGGCCUUAUCAUCGCUGGCUGGAGCAGGCUACAAACAAGUCUGGUCCGGGCGAUCCCUUGUCGCGGCGCCGUCGCACGCGUCGAGGUUCUCAUUCCAGUCUCGCUGUGAGCCAUGACAGUGGUGGCAGCUGUGGUGCCGGCGACGCAGCUCUGCGUCCGCCCUGCUUUAUCUCUUUGAGUCAGUUUAUCGAAGUUUUCAACGCCCAUCGUGGUCGCCCCGCGCUGCUACGCAUUGAGCCAGGCGACCGUUUAGAGGAUGUGGUGAGCAAAACGCUACUGUCCACCAACGCCGUGGAGAACGCCGGCCAGUUUUUUCUAGCCCACGCUGCUGACUAUGCCCGCCUACCAGCUUCUCGGGUUGGCGCGCGCGCCUCAGUUGCGGACGCCUUCGUUUUGCAAGACAUCCGAGCUGUUGGUCAACUCUCGGGGCAAGUGGACACGGCUGCUCGUCCCUGCUGGCUUGUACGCGUCGAUGUGGAAGAUGGGGCCGGGGAUGUAGCAAACUGUUCCAUGCGUUCGGCGCGCAGCUCGCCGUCCCGGACGUCGCGUCGGUCGUCAACGCGGGGCAUGCCCGGCGAGGUUGAUAUGGAGGAGGGGGAGGAGGAGGAAGAGGAAGCAGAGCUACAAUCAAGAGCCCCUUCUUGCCGGUCGCAGCUUUCACCUCUCUGCGGCGAGGAAUCCUCGCCACUUGCUCGUGCUAAUUCGGCCAUCAGUGAUUAUAUGCGCUUUGUCCCCGGUGGUACAUCCGGCGUACCGCUCGAUGCCGAGGCCGAUUCCGAGGAUGGUCCCCGCCAAAGUGUCUGGCAGCGCAUCCGAGAUCGCUUGAGUAAGCGAGCAUCCAAGAGCGGAGAGGAAGUGUCCGAGUUUAGUCUUUUACGUGUAACAGCGGGUCACAUCAUCAUCCUGCGAGUGGACGAUUUGAGUGUCAUGGAGACGUUGUCACUGCUGCACCUUGAGAACCUUGAGCUUGAUUCUUCUCUACCCUUGGUGCGCCUUGAUUUCAAAGGCAUCAAGCUGCGGUUGACCACCAGCAGCGGUAUCCACGGCCAGUUGAUAGCCAACACCAUAGCAUAUGAGCUGCUGCGUCUGAAUCAUGCACCUGGCCCAGACGCCGCUCUGGCCGUUCAUUACGAGGUUCCGGAACGAGACGAAUUGGAUGAUGGUUCGCUCUAUGACGCAUACAGCAGCGGAAUGUCCUUGAGGUCACGCGAGGGCACUCCGCUGUCGAUGGGGGACGCGCUUGGUGGUGAUGAUGGGUCAGAGCAGACGGGUGUCUCAGCAAGCGCGCGUCGAGUCUCACCACUGGCCCCACGUGAGCCUGUGCACCCAGGGCAAGCAUCACCUUCGCCUGAGGUUCAACCCAGCCGCACCUUGUACCAGCCCAUGGCUGUUCGACCUGGCGAGCAGCAACCCCCCCGCCCCCCGCGCAUGGUUGCGUUGUCGACGGGCAGCGAGACGCACAGCCGCAGCGGCCGCAGCAACUAUGACAACGUGGAGCUGCCAUCGACGAGCGGCUAUGACAACAUUGUACACAUGCUGGACACAUUCAAUGGCAAUUCUGAUGUUUCCUUCUCGCCCGUCCCUGUGCAACCGCGGCCUCUGCAAGUCACUCCGGCCCCAGACGAUUCGCCGUCGCGCUCCCCUCAGGUGUUCUUGACCACCAGCUCCCACCCACGCUCGCGGAACAGGACUCCCCUCGGUGGCUCAUUACGCCCCACUUCACAGGGCCCAUUGAGCCGAACUUCAUCGCCCUUACGUGGGGACUCGCCGGCACCGUCAACCGCCGCAGCGCGCAUGUCGUUGCCCACCCUGUCGGCCCAGCCCGAGAAGCAGGCUGUACGCAAUCUCAGACCGAGUGAUGCGCUGCUGUACCAGCGGGCCGAGUCGUUGGACCUAGUUCGCUUGGCUUCGUUGAGUGAAAUGCCCCUGUCACGUAAGAAAGCCAUGGUGACUGCAGUGGAUGCCCUGUCGCGCGAGCAAACUCAAGGUCUUGAAGCCAUGCACGACAUGGUGGCCGAAUGCAUCCGGCGCAUUGCUGCAGCUAAAGUCAAGGUGCCACACGUACUGCCGGUGCUGCGAACUAACCUGCAUGAGACGCUCAAGGAACUACGGUAUGUCACCUCAUUAUACAAGCUUAUGGUGCAGUCUCGGCAAUCGAAACAGGCGCAACGCCAAAUGCAGGCCACGCACCGGGACUGCGUCACGCGCCUCAAGCUUCAAUUAGACAAACUCAAGGCUGCACAGCAGCAGUGCCCUCGCUCAGCGAUUGUUGCGGUUUUGGUUGUCGACGAGUAG